AUGGAAACAAGAUAAAAUAAUAAGAAGCAUCAAAUAAUCCAAACAAAUGCACUAAAAAAUGUGAACCCAUUUCUCUGCCUUUUUCCUUUCUUAACUCAUUAAAAAGAAUUUUCAAAAAUAGUUCUGAAUUGAAAGAAGGAAAAUAAAAGAGAACUCUGUGUCUGUUUUAUGGGAAGAUCAAUUCUUUGUACGACCAAAGGUCAAGGCUUUGCGAAAGCGGUCCCAUCAGACAAACUUCACAGGCCAAAACACGCAAAACCCACAUCGAGAAACCGAGUGGCUUGCCAAGAAAACGCGAGUUCGCGUGGGGUACGAGUCGACUCGGAGCGAGUCAAGCAGAAGGAGAUGGAUAGCUGGGGUGACCGGGAUCGAAUUCCGCUGGCUCAGGUGGUUUCUGAGUUGGUAAAAGGAUGGUUUCAAGACGCUCUCAAGGAGGCCAAGACUGGUGAUACCAAUAUGCAAGUCCUUGUUGGACAGAUGUAUUGCAGUGGCUUUGGUGUUCCUAAAGAUGUCCAAAAGGGGCGUGCUUGGAUUGGUAAAGCUUCAAGGAGUCGUUCUUCAGUUUGGAAAGUUAGUGAUAAGCAUCCAGGUUACAACGCAAGUGACUCAGACUCUGAUGAAUUGAAGGGUGAUGCAAAAUAAGGUCAAACCGGUAUUCUUUUCAAAAUUAUCAACGAAUAUGCAAGUCGUUUCCAAUCAUUGGACAACUAACAAAUUGUUAGUUAUUUCUCUGUUUAUUGUUACUUACCUCAUUGAUGGAAUUAUCAGCUAUAAAUAUGAUAGUUAUCUUGAUUUUGAUCCCUGUUAUGGAUCCUUUAAUUACCUCAUCUUUGUGCCUCACUUGAUUAUUUUUAGGUUACUUUUGAGAUUUCUGAUUACAGGUCUAGCUCUUGUAUUUGUGUAACUUGCAUAUGAAGUCCUGUGGCCUGCCUUUUGAUGUGUUAAAUUGGCCAGUGAUCUUUGGUAAUGACUAGUAAAGAUCUUCCAUUUUCUCCACAGAAA